CUCCUCGGUAUAAAUAUGCCUAAGCGUCGGGGGACAAGACAUCAGAUUCUCCGGAGAGGUUACGAGAAGAGCACCAUGCACUCAAAGGUUAUUUUCGUCGUUUUGGGGCUGGCUGCCCUGGUUGCUGCCGAUAGCAGGGAAACAUACUCCUAUGCUGCCCCCAGGGCCUCAUCCGGCUCCGAGGAAUCCUUCGAGUCCGGCGAGGUCCAGUACAACUUCAACUGGGCCGUCGACCACGAUCCUUCCAGCAAUGAAUUCGGACACCAGGAGGCCCGUGACGGAGACGACACCCAGGGAUCCUACUACGUCCAGCUCCCCGACGGUCGCCUGCAGAAGGUGGCCUUCCACGUCGACGGCGACGACGGGUAUGUGGCCGAAGUCACCUACGAAGGAGAGGCUCAGUUCCCCGAUUCCUCGGAGUCAGUCGAAUCCGCCGAAGUUCCGAGGAGGACUUAUUAUGCUCCCGACUCCAACGAAUCCAAGUAGUUGGUGACAACUAACGAAGUGAUGCCUAAGAUUCUUUAUUUAUUCAUUUAGUUUUUUUGGUUUUAAUGCUUCGAUGAUGAUCUCCAAGCAUAAUGAUGCCAGUUUUAUAUUUAUAUUGAAUUUUUAUGAAUAAAAUUUCCAAGCGUA